GGCCGGAAGCCAUUCUUGCAUCCUGGUUACUAUCUUCUAGAUGAACUUUCUCUUGGGAGCUCAGCAAUUCACAUCUUUACGCCUGUCUUUUGCCUCUGCACACAUUCAAGAGUUCCUUCUGUUCCUUCAUUUCCAGCCACCCAUCAGCACCGCCAUGAGCAUCAUGAUUGACAACAACAUCACCAUCUUCCACCCUGUAGUUUUUGUGCUCCUUGGCAUCCCUGGGUUGGAGGCUUAUCACACCUGGUUGUCUAUCCCCCUAUGCCUCAUGUAUGUCACUGCAGUCUUUGGGAACAGCAUCCUGAUAGUGGUCAUCAUCAUAGAGCGGAACCUGCAUGAACCCAUGUAUUUCUUCCUUUCAAUGCUGGCAGUCACAGACAUCCUACUGUCCACCACUACUGUACCCAAGGCCCUAGCCAUCUUUUGGCUCCAUGCCCACAACAUUGCCUUUGAUGCUUGUGUCACCCAGGUCUUCUUUGUCCACACAAUGUUUGUGGGGGAGUCAGCCAUCCUGUUAGCCAUGGCCUUUGACCGCUUUGUGGCCAUCUGUGCCCCACUGAGAUACACAACGGUGUUGACAUGGCACAUAGUGGGGAGGAUUGCUCUGGCCAUUGUCAUGAGAAGCUUCUGUAUCAUCUUUCCUGUGAUUUUUUUGCUGAAGCGGCUGCCGUUCUGUCGAACCAACGUCGUCCCCCAUUCCUACUGUGAGCACAUUGGGGUGGCUCGCUUAGCCUGUGCCGACAUCACUGUUAACAUUUGGUACGGCUUCUCAGUGCCCAUCGUCAUGGUCAUCAUGGAUGUGAUCCUCAUUGCUGUGUCUUACUCGCUCAUUCUCCGAGCAGUGUUUCGUUUGCCCUCCCAGGAUGCGCGGCACAAGGCCCUCAGCACCUGUGGGUCUCACCUCUGUGUCAUCCUCAUGUUUUACGUUCCAUCCUUCUUUACUUUACUGACCCACCGCUUUGGGAGGAACAUUCCCCGGCACGUGCAUAUCUUGCUGGCCAAUCUUUAUGUGGUGGUGCCACCAAUGUUGAAUCCCAUUGUCUGUGGAGUCAAGACUAAGCAAAUCCGAGAGGGUAUAGUCCGCUGGUUCUUAGACAUCAAGACUCAGUGUUGUUCCUCUCCUUUGGGCUGAUGGGUCCUUGUGAAUCUUUACAUGCAGCUCCAUCAAGGAAGCUAGCCAAGGAGCACAGAUCUCCUGGAUUCCUUCUUUUGCUUCACCCUUCUCCUUUUCCCACUUUUCCAUGUUCUAUUUGCCAUUCCCAUCUCUUUCUCUUGUUUAAUGUUUGCUACUCACUUCAUAUCCUUAAGAACUGGAAAUGAUAAACUAAGUGUAUAUUUCUCUGAUAUGAGAAUUUGACUUUAUCAGUAAUUGGCUUUAUCACAAAAAGUAAGGUUAUAACAAAUUAAUACAUUUAAACAUAUUUAACAUAUGGAGAAGCCCUGAUAUUUUAAAGUCCCUAAUACUGUUUCUUUAUAUAGAAUCAAGUAAUCUGGGCUUGGUGGUUCAUGCCUGUAAUUCCAUCACUCAGGGAGCUGAGGCAGGAGGAUUGAUCUGCGUUUGAGAACAGCCUGGCUUGCAUAGUCAGUUCAAGACCAACCUGAGGUAUAAAGCAAAACUCUGUCACAAGCACCAAACAACCAAAGCAAAUAAAAGUUCUCCACUAA